CGCGAAGGUUAUUUUACAUGAGGGAGGAUCUGUGCUGGAGCCAAACGGUACCGUGCGAAUAGCUGGAGAGCAAAAGAAGAGGCGCUUGUUUUGUGGCCGGAAAGGAGCGCAUUUUUUCUUCCAAACCUUACAAGAGAGGUGAAGUAUCAUGGGGAAACACAACAGCAAGCUGGCUCCAGAGGUCCUGGAUGACCUGACCAAGAACACGGAAUUCAACGAGGCAGAGCUGAAGCAGUGGUACAAAGGCUUCCUCAAAGACUGUCCCUCUGGCAUUCUCAACCUGGAGGAGUUUCAGCAGCUCUAUGUUAAGUUUUUCCCAUACGGUGAUGCCUCCAAGUUCGCCCAGCAUGCGUUUCGGACAUUUGACAAGAACGGUGAUGGGACCAUCGACUUCAGGGAGUUCAUUUGUGCACUGUCCAUCACCUCCAGGGGCAGCUUCGAGCAGAAACUCAACUGGGCCUUCAACAUGUAUGAUCUGGAUGGGGAUGGAAAGAUCACACGCAUGGAAAUGCUUGAGAUCAUAGAGGCCAUCUAUAAGAUGGUGGGCACAGUGAUCAUGAUGCGUAUGAAUGAGGACGGGCUGACCCCUCAGCAGCGCGUGGACAAAAUCUUCUCCAAGAUGGACAAGGAUCACAACGAUGAGAUCACCCUGGAAGAGUUUAAAGAGGCUGCGAAGUCUGACCCCUCAAUUGUCCUACUGCUGCAGUGUGACAUGCAGAAGUAGAGAGGGAUUAGUAGAGAUACAGAGGGAGUGAGGGGAGGUAAGAGUUGAACUGAAACAAGAGAAGGAAGAAGGAUA